AUGUCGUCGAGUUCCACCUCUCCCCGGCCCACCACCCCAACAACGCUAAAGGUAGAUCGUUCCAAGGCGCCGACAGCCUGCGACCAUUGCAGACAACGAAAACUACGAUGCGACGGCAAUGCAGAGUCGUGUAGCAACUGCUCGCUGUACCGGACGACGUGCGUCUACGCCAAGGGCAGGAACAAGUCAGGUCCACCAAAGGGCUCAAAACGUAAGAAGGCCAAUCCCGACGACGCUCCGACCUCGAGGCAAAAACGCCGCACGUCGGAGUCGACGUCACCCCCGGACCAGAUACCCACCCCGCCCGCCAGCGAAGGAUCAAUGUCCUCGAAGGUACUGACGCGAGAGAUCUCCCCGGCCUCGGACACAUCCUCGCAGUAUGUUCCCUCUCUGAUGGGACCAUUACCCAUCACAUCGGACUGGCUGACGGACAUGUCUUCCGCCGAGACAACAACUUCGCAGUUCUCCCCGCAUUACUCGGGUCCUUUGACGUAUUCUUUCAACGAUGACCCAUUGAUCAUGGAUCCCCUACUUCUCUCGACACUCUUCCCCGAUCCAAUCGCGCCCGUCGCCGACAACCUGUCUCCUCAGUAUUCUUCCUCGCCUUUCUCCAUUUCUCCAGAGGCAUCUGGCGGCAAUCAUCCUCAAUUUGCCGCUUCCUUUCCAAAUGCGGCAAACUCCUUUCCAAAUGCAGGAAGCAUAUUCGCAUUUCCCUCGCCUGCCUCAUUCCAGCAAUCAUUUUCAAUGCCUAGUCCGGCAUCCACAUCGCCACCUACAACGAUACAGAGCCCACCCAUACAGAGCUCGUCCUCAUGCACUCGUCUUCUAGCAGCGCACGCCUUUGUCCCACUGUUCCCUUUCUCUCAACUGCAAGCACACAUCGCGACAAGCAAGACGCGGAAAGCGACUUCAUUGCACGCCGCUUUAUUUCUGUGUGCGCUCGAUGCUCUAACAGCUGUCACAUCCAUUUCAUCGGUCUCUAUCAGCUCGGAGUCAUCUGCGGCAUACCUUGCUGCUCAGAACCAGGCCAUGCCCGCCUACUUCGCCGCCCUCUCCUCUACUUCCGCAUCAGACGCAGACGACACCGUCCUCACAGCGGCAGCAUUAUUAUACCUCACAGCCCGUUCCAUCUUCUCUGCACCCUCCGCGAAGGAAGCCACCACCUGGCUGCGCCUCGCACGGGAGGUCGUCGAGUCCCCGUGCUUCCCAUCCGCGCACCGACAGUGGUUUAUGCGCGUCGGCUGGCUCUGGCGUCGUGGCGUCGUCGGCGCGGUCGGGGGGGCUCUGAAACUCGAGAAGAUGGUAGACAUGACGCAGGAGCACAUCAGCGAGGAGAUGGACGAGUAUCAGCGUGAGUUCGACGGGCUCGUGGGCCUUGCGAUCGACCUAGACGUCUUGCUCGAGCGUGCCAAGGGUCUCGCUACCGCCGCGGGAGCGGUCGGCGGAGAUCUCGAGCGCCUCGCCGAGACGAUGAGCGUGCCGCUGUGCACGCGUGUGAACGAGUGGAUGAAAACAAGCGCGCUCGCGCGCGAGGCGCUGCUGCAGUUCACUGGGAACGGCGCCUCAGCGAGCGCCGCUGAAGCUGGGGACGUGCGCGAGGCUGUGGCGCGAGUUUUGCAUCUCAUCUACUACGGCUUUGGGAUCAAGUUUGACCGGCAGGACAGCACGCGGUGCCGAAUGCGUCGGACGUCACUGUACGUGGCUGUGACACGCAUUGUCGACGCGGCAGACUGGCUAGUGUCGUCGCAUUACAUCUGGCUCUGGUCCUUCGCGGAGCCCGCGCUCCUGCUGGCGCGGGACUUUUUACUCGACCGCUGCGGCACGUCGGCCACCCCGUCGCCAGGGGAACUCACACUCCUCUCGCUGAUCCAUGAUGUGCUCAUCGAAGCUGCCAGUUCAUUGGGGCCCGUGACGGCGCAGAAGGCACAGCAGGAGGCGGAGAGCAUCACACGGCUGCUGCGCGUGUGCGACCGUGCCCCUGGUCGAGGACGCGAGGGCGUUUCGAAGGGAGACAUCUUGGGGGGCAUCAGAGAGCUACUCGCACAGAGCACCACACUGCAAUAG